UUGACCGAAUAACGUUGUGGCCCGGUUUCCCCAAUGAUGAGUAAUAAUCAAUGAGUUUAUCCAGGGCAAACAUAUUCUGCUGGGACUAACUGCACACUCCACAGGGACAGUUAUGCUUUCAACACAUCAACAAUACCUGCAAAUAAACUAAAGCAUCUGCUAACUAAUCAACAGAAUCACGGUUGAACCAGCAGUCACAUGUGUCUGCCUGUGACAAGAGAAUCAAGGGGGAAAAAAUCUACUGAAAAGUAAGUUUUUACAUUUUUGAAAAAGCAUUUUGUGGCAUGGUAAGAUAUUUCAUGUUAUUUUGGUGCGAUAUUCAAAUAUUGAAUGGAUGUUGGAUAUCGACUUUGCCUCUGCUGACGUGUUAUUCUCAUGAGAUGCUGCGUGUGUAAUGGGUGUGUUAUAUGUAUUUUUUUAGGUGAGCCAUGGCAGCUGAUCUAGACGUGGUGAACCUGUUUAUCAUCGCGGGGGGAACACUGGCUAUUCCCAUCUUGGCCUUUGUUGCUUCCGUCCUUCUCUGGCCCUCCGCACUCAUUAAAGUAUAUUACUGGUACUGGAGGAGGACGCUGGGCCUGCAGGUGCGCUACGCAGACUGCGGCGGCUAUCGCUUCUGUUACACCUACAGAGGAAAGCCUGGGAUGAGACCUUCCAUUUUAAUGCUGCACGGCUUCUCUGCUCACAAAGACACAUGGCUCACUGUUGUCAAGUAUUUACCAAAACAUCUUCACAUUGUGUGUGUGGACAUGCCUGGCCAUGAGGGAACAACACGCACCAACACCGAGGAUUAUUCCAUUCAGGGGCAGGUCAGAAGGAUCCAUCAGUUUGUGGAAACCGUUCGCUUAAACAGGAAACCUUUCCAUCUGGUUGGAACCGCCAUGGGGGGAAAUGUAGCCGGGGUUUACGCAGCGUGCUACUCGUCAGAGAUCUGCAGCAUGACUCUCAUUUGUCCAGACGGUAUAAGACACCCAUGUGAGACCAAAUUUGACAAUCAUCUGCAGGACCUGGAGCACAGCAAUUACACAUUAAAUAUCCCGCUGAUCCCUACUACACCCGAGGAGAUGGAGGACAUGUUCAGACUUUGUUCUCAUGUUCGCUUUAAAAUCCCUCAGCAGAUUCUUCAAGGAUUGGUUGAUGUUCGGCAGCCCCACAACACAUUUUACCAAGAAGUAUUUAUGGAGAUUGUCGGUGAGAACUCAAGAUAUGCCUUACAGGAGCACUUACAACUGAUUACUGCACCUUUACAAGUGAUAUGGGGCAAACAAGACCAGGUGGUGGAUGUCUCUGGAGCUACAGUCAUUGCAGAGGUGCUGCCUGGAUGCAGGGUGGACCUGCUGGAGAACUGUGGACACUCUGUGGUAAUGGAGAGGCCAUGUCGGACAGCCAAACUCAUCCUGGAGUUCAUCAUCAUGCAGCAAGAUGCCAGGGGUGGCACAAAGAAAUCCUCCUGAAACCCAUGACUUUUAAUCAUUUCUUUCCACUGCAAUGCCUCACAUGUCCCUUAUACGUGACAUGCAUGCAUAUGUAUACAGAAGUCCAAGCUUUAAACAUUCACAUUAAGACAGUAAGCAAGGGGUUGGGGUAGUGCACCAGCAUCUCUUAAGAGUGUAAAAU